AUGUACGAUAGGGUGAGGACCGGUGUUCGAACCCCUGUGGGGAACACAGAGCUAUUUUCGGUAGAAAUGGGCCUACACCAGGGUUCAGCGCUUAGCCCUUACCUUUUUACCUUGAUCUUAGAUGAGUUGUCAAGUGGUCUACAGGAGGAACUACCGUGGUGCCUGAUUUUUGCAGAUGACAUCGCGCUUAUUUCGAGAUCGGCGGACGAGCUAAACAGUAGGUUAGAGAAAUGGAGAAGAGCCCUUGAAGAUAAUGGCUUGUGCGUGAGCCGAGAGAAGACUGAAUACCUACGAUGCGACUUUGAUAAGAAUGUGAGAAGACAAAAUGUUGAUGCGGAUAUUCACAUUGGAGAACGAAUAUUGUGUUCGAAGGAGUCUUUUAGAUACCUGGGCUCGGUGAUACACAAAUCGGGGGAGAUCGACGAAGACGUGACACAUCGGAUUCAAGCGGGGUGGAUGAAGUGGAGAGCAUCUACUGGAGUCUUGUGUGACAAGAGGAUCCCACUAAAACUGAAAGGCAAGUUUUACAGAGUGGCUAUUAGACCGACAAUGUUAUACGGGUCGGAAUGUUGGCCGAUAAAGAAAACCCAAGCGUCUCGAGUGGAGGUGGCUGAGAUGAGGAUGCUAAGGUGGACUUGCGGGAAGACCCUAUCAGACAGGAUCCCUACUGGAGCUUUUAGAGUUGAACUUGAAGUAGGGACCAUCAUUAACAAGCUAAGGGAAGGACGUUUGAGAUGGUUUGGCCAUGUUAGGAGAAGGGAUCAAACAUCUCCACUAAGGAGUGCGGAGGUUAUCCACAUUGACGGCAUACGAAGAAGGGGGAGGCCUAAGAUGAGGUGGGAAGAUCGAUUAGCGAAGGACCUAAUAGAGCUUGGCUUGUCGGAGGACAUGACAUCGGAUAGGACGUGGUUUUUGGCCUUAAGUCUUGAUAGGCCUAAAUCGAGGGGUGAGGUUACUCUAGCAUUUGUUGACCCCAAAAAUGUUUUGUCUGUCGGAGGACAUGACCUACGAGAGUUUUCAGAGGAUUACGCAUCUAGGUUAGAUUUAGUGGGUAAGGAGACUCUGCAGAUAGGUAUAUCUUUCCAUGGAGGUUUUCAGACGACAGGUAUGGUAUCUAGCCACUUUACACUCCCUCACUUUCUCCCCUUGAUGGCCGGAGGUCCUAUUGGAAGCAGUCUCUCUACCUUUGGGGUAGAGGCAUUGACUGUCUACAGCAAACCUCCCCCAUACCCCGCACAGGGAUUGGGUCAUGUUGUUGUUGUUGUAACUUUGUUUGAGUAG